CCCAAGAAUACUUGAAGGUAUCCCCUUCCCCUUGCCCAACUACAAUUCCCAACAGAGCUGCUUCUCUCUCCCUUCUAAGACAUCACACAGAGCGGCUUCUCUCUAUUCUGGCCCCAAAACCUCGACAGAGCUGUAUUUUUUCAAUGUCUGAUUUACUUACGCGAGCAGAUUUCCUCCGAGUUGAGGAGACUGUGCUGAAUGGUCCCGAUCUCAAGGAGAUGAAGCACCCCCCGAAACGUCAGAAGCUUCGCGGGACAGUUACGGUUCAAAUGAAGCCGCUAAAGGUUCUCAAGAGGGCCGGCCUGGCGUUGGUGGAAGACAUAGACAGCUUCAUAGCCACCGGCCUUACCGAGAGUAAAAGCACGAAGACGACAAUUUAUUUUGUCCGAGCCGCGUACUUUUACGCGUGUUGUCUGAUCAUCGCCCCGUUCAACCGCAUCAAGGACAUAACAUCCGAUGCCACCGGGGUGGAAUAUCAAGACUUCACAACCCAAGUAUCGGACACGGAAACGGUUAUCAACAAGGUUGAAGAUGGCCUCGGACGCCUGGCUCUUGCAACCGAGAGAUGGGGCCUUGACACACAAUCGUUCCGCAACCCCACUUCUGUCCCAACCGCCUCCCCUUACCAGCUCCUGUUCGAAGCCCUGUUGGAGAGCGAGGAGGUCGUACAGAAGCUCCAGGACUCUCAAGAUGACGCCGACCUGCUUCGUAAUAUACGGCUCCUAUUCCCCGGCGUGCACUUUCCGGCCCAGAGCCAAGACCGACAGGAGCUGGGGGACGGACGGCCUGUCACGGUAUUCGCAUCGGUGUACCACAAGGACGACGGCACCAAGCGCUUCCUCUUCGGCUGCAGCAAGCCGGACUGGACGGGAUUCGAGGCCAUUGCCGUAUUGACCAAAGACUUGCGGGACACUCGGCUGAAGGAGUGCCUCCCCUUGAGCGAGCCGGCCUUCAAGGCGCUGAAGGCCAUGGAGAAGAGGCUCGAGGAUGAGGCCGCCGCGAACAACCAAGGUCAGCCCAAUCACAGCUCCCUAUCGCCAGAGCAGAGAAAGGAGGACGAGAGGGCAGCCCUCCAGUCCUUGAGGGAGGCCGUCGGGGAGGCGAUGAGAGAGGACGAAACGUUCCUCUGGACGGACCAGGUCGGCAUGGCAUUCUCGACCCCGUCCUGGACGCACAAGCCGGCGUGCUACGUCUGCGCUAGCACGAUGGGGUACCAAGACCCGGGGGCUGAGACCAACGGCAACAGCGAAGCUCGCUUCUCUACGCAUCAAUAGGAUGAUCGUAGGGGUAGCUUCGCCUGUGCCGAGUCGGAGGCAUACUUACAGGCCAGCCGCGAGAACGUCUUGGCGGGCAAGGGGCCACGGGGUGAACAAAGGUCUGAAUGAGCCAGAAUGUUGAGGAUAUGGCGAAGGGCUGAGCCGAGGCGGCGGGGGUUGAGCCUGGAUGGUGAGCGAAGGUUCUUAAUGGGCGAGAGUGUUGAGGGCAUGGCUAAGUGGCGAGCCGGGAUGGCGGGGGCGAGGUGGGAUGGCGGGAGCGGGAAAGGGGAAUGCUAGCACGGGAGGGAAGAAAUACAGAAGAAUGUUUUGCGGUUUGUGGUUUGCACUCUGUAAUCGCGGAGCCCAAGACAUUGUUGAUUUAGAGGCGGACAUCUGGGACUGUACAUUUUUGAUCGUUGGACUGGAUCUGUACCUAAGGUAGGUAGUGUAUUUAUUCUGUGGUUUCCUUCGCUCAGAACUGAGCUACCCGUGCCACGCCCCACAUUGACUGGCCCU